UACUGGCUUUCAUUACAUACAGCAGUACAGAAAAUAAAGUAAAUAAAUCAAGAGUGGUGUCCCCUAAAUUAGGCCUAAUAAUCUAGAAUCUAGAUCAUAACCAUGACUAGACUAUGUAAACUAUACUCACUGACUAUUCAUACUCAUUGAUCAGCAAUAUUACUACUAUGUCAGCAGUACAUGUUCACAUUGGUCAGUGUGGAAAUCAACUAAGUUUACCUCUUUGGAGAAACUAUUCAAAAUGCAGGUCAAACCAUGGACAAGAGCAAGUGUUUUUCUCUUUAGAUGGAUGGCAGCGCAGUGUUCAUAUAGACAGUGAGCCCAAAGUUUUGAAAUCUUUGCCUCAGUCAAUGAAAGUCAGAGAAACAAAUCUUAUUAAAGGAAAAAGAGGCAGAGGCACUAAUUUUGGACUAGGCUAUAAUGGGACAAGAUUUCAAAAUGAUAAUCACAUUCUUGAUGAUGGCUGUGAAGCUGUGCGAAGGGAAAUCGAGCGCUGCGACUUGUACUCCGGGGCCAUUGUGUAUCAUAGUUUGAGUGGGGGAACUGGAUCAGGCCUGGGUGCUCAUUUUAUAGAAUCCUUGAAAGAAAAUUUCCCUUGUCACAACAUAAUAUCAUGUGCUGUUGCAGCUUGUGCCAGUGGUGAAAGUCCUUUACAAAGUUAUAAUGCUUUACUGUCCUUACAAUGGCUUCAAAGCUAUGCAGAUGCUGUUAUCAUACUUCCUAAUGAUUAUUAUAUCAAACAUUUAAAUCAUAUACUAUUGUCAGAGAAUGAUGAUGCUAUUAAAAAUAGCCAAAUUUCAUUCAAAGAUGUAAAUUCUGUAAUUGCUAAUAAUCUCUGUGGAGUAUUUGCACCAACUGACACACUUUCCACAUCUAGAGGAAUCAGUUUAGGACAGGAACCAUGGGAGUUAAUAAGAACACUGACACCUAUGCCAUCUACAAAAUUUAUCAAUCUUACUCAACAUAUGUCUAAGAAGUUGACAUGGGAAGCACUGGCCUCUAAAACUGUUCAAUAUAAUUCCAAAAACAAGAAUCAUGCCAUUCCCAUGAAAACUAUAUCAGCAGUGACUGUUGCCCGUGGAGACAAGGAAAACACUUUUAUGACAGCAGUAAAAUCAUCUCUUGACAAAAAGAUUAGAAAAGGUGUGAAUUUUAUUGAUUGGAAUACUUUUCCUUUAGACUGCUGGACCUCUAAAACCAACGUUAUUGGAGCACCAAAAAGUCGUUCUCUAACAUUAGCUAUAAACUCAACUAAUGUGCUGGAUUACUUUCAAACAGUUUUGUCCAAUUCUAGUGCAAAACUUAAUGCUGGUGCAUAUAUUCAUUGGUAUUUUCGUAAUGGAAUCACUCAAGAUAUUUUUGAUGAGUCAACUGAGACUUUACAUCAACUGAUUUCUGAUUAUGAAAGUAUUGGUAGUGGAUAAGAGUUCAUAUUUGUACAGCUCUUUUUCCUUGUAGCAACCAAUCUCCAAAUUGUGACCUUUCAUCAUAAAAUAAUUCAAAUUGCACCUUUACCUAUUUUGAACAAAUCAGACAAUAUGUAAAUGGUAAAAAGUUACAUAGUUUAUAUUAUAUUUCACACAGCAUUAUAUUUGUAGUUAAAAAACCAUUAUAUUUCUCUUUAAAGACUCUUUACAUAAUCAUUUUUUUCCAAUUCAUUUAAGAGUUUUUUUUGGCAUUCCUGAAAUAGAACAUUCUCUUGUUUAAAUGUAAACAUAAUAUAAACAUAACUUUUAUCUAAGAUACUGUACCAAUAAAAAAUCUAAAGUCUGUGAUAAGGAAAAAUGUUAUCUACAUCCCCCAGACAUCUUAGCCAUUCAUAUUUAACGGUUUACAUUAAAACAUUCAAAACUCAGGAAUUGUGUAUUUCUAAUUAGUUUUCACUAUUCAAAAUGAAAAUUAAAAAAUUACUUUGAGAAAAAUUAAACAAAUAAAACAAAAAGAACUUAAAAAAAAAAAAAAAGAACAAAUUUUAUAUUAAGUGUAAUUCUAUCAGUUUAUGUCAGUCAUGUAAAUAAUUAGUUGGGAAAGGAAUGGGGGGAAGGAGGGAAAGAAGGGGGGGGGGGUAUCUGGAUGAAUGUUACCAUGAUUGCUUUUUAGAAGCAUUAAAAAAAAGUAAGACUUGAAUUUGAACUUAGGGCUCAAGCCUCCUCAAGGGCACUAAUUCAACUUAUAUCACCACAUCUGCCAGUACAUUGUCUUUCCUUUGUUCAAUACCAAACAAAAUAAUUGAUUACCAAUAGUUAAUUAACUAAUUGUUUAAUUUUUUUUUUUAUUGAUUCUUGUUUUGUCAGGUACAAGAAGUAAUUGUGCAAAAUUUCAGCUUCAUCCAAGAUUUGGUUUGGGAGAAAUAAUGUGUACAAAUUUUUACCAGACAGACAGACAGAAUGAGUUGAUAUAAGAUUUGUAAUAACCUGAGGAUACUAUACAAAAACUUAUUUCAUGCUAUAGGCCAGGGGUUCUCAACCUGUGUGUCGUGACCCUCUUGGGGGUCGAUUGACCAUUUGCCAGGGGUCGCUUAAGACCAUCGAAACUAUGGAUUGUUUUUGCCUACUCUUCUAUAGCUGUAUGUGUGUGUGUCGGGGGGGGGGGGGGGUCGCAGCAGAGUGGGAAAUUGUAAAAAGGGGUCGCUGAGCUUAAAAGGUUGAGAACCGCUGCUAUAGGCCAUAUUCAUUUUGUUUAUUCUCUUAUAUUAGACAUAAUGAAUUUAAAACUAUUUUCAAGGGCCUGAGUAGGUUGGUUUACAAUUUUACAAUUUCAAAUUUAAAAAAAAACAAUAGCAUGUUUUAAAGACUUAAAAAUGCUUCAUUAUCAUUCAACUUUAUAAAUGAAAUGUGUCCUUAUCCUAAUUAUAUAUGUCACGUAAUCUAGGCGGCAAGAUCUCAUGGUUUGAAGAAAUAAGUUUGAGAAGAUGUUUGUAAUGCUGUACUCAUCAAGGUCUUUUGUUUUCAUAAAUAUGUUGUUUACAAUUAAAUAGCUUCGAACAAAUAUGAUAACUUGAUCAUAAUAGACCUUGGAAUUUCCAGUGUACUAAAAUAGAUUACUAGUUAGUUGGAUCAGUGGGAGAUUCAUAGAUUAAGAAGAGUAUAUACACAAGGGAAUAAGUUUAUUAUGUCUACUUUUGAACCUCUACUAGUGAAAUUAAAUUAUAUUGUAUAUUUGUAGUGUGUGUUCAAUAUUUUCAUGAUUCCAAAUUGAGCAAUAAAAGUGUUUUAUUUUGUUAAGAGGA